AUGCCACACUGCCAAAAGCACAAUGGUUUGGGGAUCAUGACGUACAUGUUUUCUCUUGGCCCGCCAGUAGUCCCGAUUUAA